GGGAAACAGUAGAAUGGGGCGUGUCGUGACGAGUACAUCGCACGCCGCUGUGUUUUUACGUAAAAUACCACAUUCGAAAACACAAUAAAGUUCUGUGCAAAAAUUAGAGCUCCAAAUGAGUUAAAAGUGAGCAACAGACAUAAGUAUACGUUGGUUAAUCGAAAAUGAUUCAGUGAAUCAGCAUGGAAACAACUGUGAUUUUAUCGAGGACUUAUUCAUCAAGAAUCGUUCCUUACAAAACGAAUUUUCGAAGUCCGAGAUUCAAAACACGUCAUGAAGUUAAGAUGAGUGUAAGUUUAAAUCACAGUAUAGCAAAUUUCAGCGAAAUAAGAGAGAAUUUCAAUCAUUCGAACGAAACGAACAUGUCAUAUUGGAACCAAAGCGAUUUUUUUCACAACUUGACCAAUAAUUCUGAAUUAGAAUACGAUUAUCAAAUGGUUAAUAGUACAGGUAAGAAUGAUUUGUGGAGUAGCUGUAAAGAAUGGACACCGGCACAACAUAACCUCUUCCAAACUGCUAACUUCUUCUUCGCAGCAGCGUUUCUUGUACCAGGAAGUUUUAAACAAAGUGUUCUUUUAGUUAGGGCUCUAUUGUCAAUUGGUUACUUUUUUCUAACUAUUUGGGGCGGUAUUGACAUAUGCGCUCCAGAUAUACUCUUAUGGAAUGUGAUAAAUGUCAUAUUAAAUGCAGGCCACACCGCCUUACUUACGUGGAGAUUUUUGCCUCCAACAUUAACUUUGGAAUUGACAGAAUUAUAUCUCAAAGUUUUCAAACCACUUAGAGUGAGUAAAAAGCAUUUUAAAGAAUUAGUUAAAGAAGCCAAAGUCAUGAAUUUAGAAGAAGGCGACAUUUAUGCCGUAGAAGACGUUAGCCCAGCAGACGAAAAAUUAUCAAUUUUGCUCAAAGGGAGGUUAAGAGUGACAUGUGACGAUACCCAUUUACAUUUCAUCAAUGUGCACCAAUUCGUGGAUUCUCCUGAAUGGGAAGCCAAUCACGAACAAUCAGAUGAUGUUUUCCAAGUGACAAUCACGGCUGAAGAGGAUAGCGUCUACCUCUGUUGGCCGAGGAUGAAACUGGAAAGGGUAUUGAGGCAUAGACCGAUGCUCAAAGUCGUUUUAGAUAGCUUAAUAGGGAAGGAUAUAACUCAAAAACUUUACGCCUUAAACGAGCACCUAAGCGGACUGAAUGACAAAAGGGAACGAGGUCAAAGGAAUAAAUUGUGGGCGAGGACGCAUAGUCGCAGUAUGUCUUUAGAUGCAGUCAAUACGGGAACCACUGGAUUGGUUCGAUCGCAAGCUUAUAGACUAGCAGAAAAAAAUACAGAACGUACUAUGGGAAAAUUGGAACAGCAAAGUUGGGUACCUCUAGUUGCUAAACAAUUUCCCGCCAAAUCUCCAUUUAAUUCUCAAAGUUCAUCUACAAGUCUCCGUAUUCCAGAAGUUCACACCACGCCCAAUAGAAGUCGCUCCUUGAAACGAUCGAGGGAAGUCAAAUUCGAGACGCAAAAGAAAUAAUUUUUUUACUUAAUAUUCUAAAUAACCAAACCGAAAAGAGUGUAAAGUUGUACAUAACCUCCAAAUAAACUACAUCCUUAUAAACUCCUUCUGGAAUUAUUGGAAAAUGAUCAUUAUAGAAGACUAUGGAUCGAAUAGGCUCUAAGUUCAUGUUAAAUGGUUAGAUAGACCUGUAUUCUCCAACGAAAUAUUAAAUGAAAUACAAUAUUUGGAGUUAGUGCUGCUAUUGGUUGUUUCCUAAUCCUGUAGGCAGUAACAUAGGUUCGAAUAGGUUCGGAAAAAAUGGUUCUCUUUCUGGAAGAAACCAUUUAUUAAUAUCUUCAUGUAAAUAGGAGAGGAAUUAUCAAAUGGUCACAAAGAUUUCCUGAUCUAAAUCCUUUAGACUCAUAUACAUGACUGUACAUUCUCUUGGGAGUUUUAUUCUCAUAAUGUUUAAAUCUAAUUUGAAUAAUAAACGAGAAUAUUCCACAAA